AACGCAACCACCCACCCUUUCCUCCGCCUCGCCGGCACAGGCAAGAUCCCGAAACCGCUUCUCUCGCAAUGGCUAUCCCAGGACCGUCUCUACGCGCAAUCCUACGUGCGAUUCAUGGGGCUCCUGCUCUCAAAGAUCCGAUUGCCAUGCGCCACUCCGACUUCCACUCCGACUUCUUCCACUUCCACUUCCAAGCAAGCAAUGAACAUCCUAAUCGACGCGCUGACGAACAUCCGCACCGAGCUGGAUUUCUUCGAGAAUGUCGCGGUUGAAUACGGAUUAGAUCUGGGCCCUUGUUCUUCUUCUUCUUCUUCUUGUUCUUCGAGAGAGAUUCCCGAAGAGGAGGAGAAGGAGGAGGAGGGGAAGUUCACCACCAACACAGCCACCCCAAUCACCCAGGCAUACAUUGAUAUGUUCAUGUCCGCGGGAAGUGCGGCCACGUCGCUUCUGGAGGGGAUGGUGGUCCUGUGGGCGACGGAGGUGUGUUACCUGCGUGCGUGGCGGUAUGCGGCCGGGUUCUUGGAUUCUGCUCCUGCGGGGGCGGAUGCGGAUGCGGAUGGCGGGGCGCUGCGGAAUCGGUUUAUUCCGAAUUGGAGCAGUGCGGAGUUUGGGGCGUUUGUGGAUGCCAUCGGGGAGGUGGUGGAUGAUUUGGCUGAGGAGGUUGGGGGGGAGGAGAAGAAGAAGGAGGAGAUUCUGGGACGGUGUGUGCGGUGGUGGAAGCAGGUGGUUUGGUUGGAGGAGAGGUUUUGGCCGGAUGUUUAG